AUGGCUAUAUUCCUCUCAAUCAAAGUUCAUUUCCAAGGUGUGUUCAUCAACAAACCUUUUUGCUAUUCUGAUGGUGUUCAUCAUGUGUUCGACAACGUCGAUUUUGCUAGUAUGUCAUAUAAUGAGUUUGUGGGUUUUCUUGAACGAUUCACACAAGAGAAGUGUGAGAAACUUUAUUAUUGUCAACCCGAUUUACAAAUUCCAGAAGGUUUAACCUUGAUUUCAAAUGAACUUCAAUAUCAAGAAUUUAUAGACAUUGCUUAUCAAUGUGGAGUACAAGUUCUUGUUUACAUGGACCAUUUUGGUACUACUGUGCACGUAAGUAAGGCAAAUGAAAAUGAUAAUGAGGAUAAUUGUUCUGUGAAGUCAAACAUGUCAAUCGAAGGGGAAGAAGGUAUUGACCUAAUUGACUUCAUGAGUCCACAAGAAAGCAACAUGGAAGGAGUAACCUAUGAAGGAGUAAGUCAGGAAAAUGGAAAUGAGGAGGUCACAGAAGGUGAUCCAAAAGAUGAUGAAGAUGAUAAUGUCCCAGAUGUGAAAGGAAAACCGAUGUUUAAUGAAGACAUACCUUAG